CACCACUUCAUUGCAAAAGUGUUUUAAACUUUUUUGGUUUGUUUUGAUAACAGUUUAGUUGUUAAUUGUUUUUGUGUUUCACAUUUUAAUACCCAUUAAAUAGCGUAUAAAUCACUAAACAAUAUGUUGUUAAUGAAUACAAAACACGUUUUUAAAUGCAUUGGUUUAGUGUCUCAAAUGAGAGCACUUUCGACGGCAGCUUACACUCAUAUCAACGUUGGAGUGAAGGGCCAGAAGAAUAACAUUGGAUUCAUUCAAUUGAAUCGUCCGAAAGCACUGAACGCUCUGUGCGAUGGACUCAUGCAUGAAGUGGCCAAUGCUUUGGAUCAGUUUGAAAGUGACAAAACCAUUUCGGCCAUUGUCUUGACCGGCAGUGAUAAGGCCUUCGCAGCCGGCGCUGACAUUAAGGAGAUGGUGGACAACACAUUCGCGCAGUGUUUCAAUGGAAACUUUUUAUCUCAUUGGGAUCGAGUCGCCCGAUCUGUUAAGCCUGUGAUCGCAGCCGUCAACGGAUAUGCCUUGGGCGGCGGCUGUGAGUUGGCCCUAAUGUGUGAUAUCGUGUAUGCGGGAGAAAAUGCUAAGUUUGGUCAGCCGGAGAUACUCAUCGGUGCCAUUCCCGGCGCUGGCGGUACUCAAAGAUUGACCCGAGUUAUCGGUAAAUCUCGGACAAUGGAAAUGUGUUUAACAGGAAUUCCCAUCUCUGCUAAAGAGGCCGAGAGUUGGGCAUAUGAGACCACUUUAGCUCAGGGCCUCAAAGCGGAGAAGCGAUACUUUCACUCCACUUUUGCCACCGGUUCUCUGACCAAAGUUCCGGUCAAAGUUCAAGGCUAG